GUCCUCAUCUCUUCAUUUCUCCGUCUGCUCAGCUUCUGCUCCUGCUUUUCCGACACAUCCUCUUCAUUUCCCCCUGAUCCUUCUUUCUCGUUUUUGUUUUCUAUAUAUCUGCAUCUUCGACAUGCUCACGUGAAGUCCGCCAACUUGCAGAGCACUGUGGAUGCCGAGUUUAAAAAAUAAAAAACAAGGCAAAUGAUCUAUCGGGGAAUAACAGAAACAACUACGCACGUUUGCAUCUUUCGUUGAGUGCCUUGGCUUGAACGGAGCAACAGGAUGGAUCUGUCAUUCAUGGCUGCGCAGAUCCCGGUAAUGACGGGGGCCUUCAUGGACUCCUCGCCCAAUGACGACUACAGCGGCGAGCAUUCACUCUUCAACUCCUCAGCCAGUGUGCACGCCGCAGCCUCCACCGCCUCAGUACACGGCCAGCCGGACGAAUCACAGUCCAUGUCCAGUGAUGCUAUCUGGCUGUGGAUCGCCAUCAUCGCCACCAUCGGAAACAUUGUGGUGGUUGGCGUUGUCUAUGCCUGCACUUUCUGAUGAACAUAUUCUAAGAAAGACAAACACGCACACAAACACAUCCUGCUUUCUCCAGAUCUCUGGACCACCUGAGCGGAGCCUCUCUUCAUGUCUCUCUCUCUUUCUCUUUCACCCCCUGCACUUGUUUUUGGAUCGGUUUGAGCCCCUAAGGGUGUGUAAGUUGUGAUGCCAGAGAAUGACAUAUGGACUAUUAUAUUUCUUUUUCAGAGAGAAAGAUGGGACUUGGCUGCAAUCAUUGCAACCAAGCAAUUUUGGAUGCUACAACUGGAGAAGAAGCUUUUGUGUUCAACAGCUCUUCAGUUAAAAACAGAAACAUCAGUCUGUGCUCUCAACAGAGAAUCAAAGCAACGUAUUUCUUUUAGCCUAAGUUUGUUUCCAUGUUUCUCCUCAGACAACACCCUCACUUAAAAUGCAGAGAUGAGAAUGGAGAUAUUGGGCUUAAGAUUCAGGUUGAUUCAGGCCAUCUUAAACACCCUCCAGAUAGUUGCUCUGCAAUUCAGGGCAGUCCUGUUAAAUUAUGCGGCUGAGCAGAGAUACUGAAUGUUGAAACAUUUAGAAAGUGCUGGGAUUAUUUUCAUUUAGACAGCCCUGAGGCCCAGGACAUCAGAGCUCAUUUAAGGACUAAUUUGUAGAUGUGUGGACAAUAAUCGUCAGUGUAUAUACUAUCUAAACACUUUUACUGACAGGAAAUGAAGAAAACAACACAUUUAAAAUUCCAUCAUCAUCUCUAAAUGGCUAACUAUAUACAAUGAAUCAUGACUUUAUGAUAAUGGACGUAUUACCAAAAACAUAAUUUAGGGAAUAUUAGGAAAUCUAAUUGUAUUGUCAUGGUCUGUUCAGUCAUGUUUAGAUAUUAUCUACAGAUGAUAAUGAAAUACAAUUUAAAGCACAAAUUGAAUCGCAAGAAGAUGUAGCCUACUAAACUUACUCCACCUGAUCAUGUUUUGUAGUUAUUUUAAAGUACAGCUUGUAAAAGUAUUUCUUAUCAAUCAUUAUUAAUACUAACAACAGAGCAGAUCUGUAGUGAACUUUGUGAUUUGUGUAUGCUAACGUGAGUAGGGAAAGGAUGUCUCAAUUGGAAAUCAAAUGUUGUCAUGUAUCAAGCUACCCUUAUAAAUUUGUCCAGUAAAUCAAAUCAUGGCACCUUGGCAACUAAUACUCUCCUAAUUGGGAACUUUACUCUUAAAAUGUUAAUAAUUUUGAUUUUCCAAAUGUGAAUAUUAAAUUAAGUAAGCAGUACUUGUUUUUUUCUGUAACGUUAUAUUACUUCUGGGAUUUAUGAAAUGACAUCAAUAUACUUUAGAUUAAACAAUACAAACUUGUCCUGUGAACACCAUACUGUACUUGUUCAAAUGUUCAUACACUGCAAAUUACAAUACUAGCUUACUGUAUCAACUGUACCAAUGUAAGGAGAAAUUCAGACACACUCUGUUAUUAUGAGUAUACUUCUACAAUGUUCAGAGAAGGACUUUUCAAGCCUGUUAUUUUUAAUAAAUGGUUGAUGUAGAAAUGUAUUUAGACAUGUUGUAAACCACGUACACAAUGCUCCUUUUGUAAAAAUAUAUGCUAUUAUUAAAGUUUCUCUAAUAAUGCA